AUGCCAAAGAGAAGAAAUCUUUCUAUUGAAGAACGAGCUGCAGUAGUGACUUUAAGUGAAGAGGGAUACAGCUGUCGCAGUAUUGCAAGAAGGCAGAAAAUCAGUCUUUGUGCAGUCCAGGGGAUAUUGCGGAAGAAGUCUGAAACAGGCACGGUUAAAGACAAGUCAAGAUCUGGACGUCCUCGAGCAACUACCGCUCGCGAAGAUCGUCUUCUUUAUCGCACGUCUCUAUCGAAUCGGAGGGCAACAUCGAGAUUGUUGAAGAGAGCGCUCCAGGACUCUACUGGCUGUCACGUUUCGUCUAGUACGGUUAGAAGAAGGUUGAAUUCGUUUGGAUUGAAGGGUUGUGUGGCAGCAAAGAAACCACUUCUAACCGAAAAACACAAAAAGAAGAGACUAGAGUGGUGCAAGGAGCGACAAGAUUGGACACAAGAAGAGAGUGGAUACGAAGGAGAAGCAACGAAAGAUACCAUCCUCAUUGUGUUACUUCAACGGUGA